AUGAACAGGAGAUUGGAAGAAGGUAGAGUUAGCGAUAACUUUGCCUACUGCCUAAGCAAACUCAGGGAAAACAAGAAUAGAGCAAGACCAGCAAAAAGGAGACGCUUGGAUCAAGGAACUACCGCUAGCCAUGGUAAAAAGGAUCGCGAUGAAGAAAGUGGGGGGCAGGGACUUUCGGCAAUAAAGCGAAGGCGUCAAUUUGUAACGUCCGUUUCGCUUAAGCCAACACAACUUUGGUGGUCUGGCAGUCAGGGAGCUGGGCAGACGGAUAAGCAAGCCGUCACGGAAAUCCGG